ACCGCCUCGAAAACGCUCCGUCCCGGCGCCUGUGCCUGGCUGCCGAUCCAUCUAGCCAUCUGCUGCUGCCCGCCAGACGAUGCCAGCGCCAUUCACCGACCAGCAGUCCUGCAAUCCCGUCCUCGUCGGGGCUCUCCUCGACAGGCGGCCGGAGCUGUUUCAACCCUCGGCGGGCCUGGACGAUGCUGCGACCUGGUACGUGUGCUCCGAGUAGGGAUGGCUGAAAUGACACUUCAGGCCGAACUGCCUCACGCCGCCGGACCUCGUCCGCCUCUGCUGUCGCCAACGCUCGAGCAUAACCUGCCUGCGUCCCGCUGGCUGUGGCACCUCGCGCCCCUGAUCUCGCAGCAGCAUCGACGCCCCCAGCCAUGCCCGCCGAAGGCAUUGAGCAGCGUGGGUUGGCUCUGCACGAGGCCCGCUUCCCCAGACGGACCUAUCCAUUUCUCUGCAGCCCGCGUUUGUCGCUGCAGGCGUGCGCAGCCGGCCGCGAUUCACGAUGCACGCUAUAACGAUGCAGACUGGAUGCAGGGCCCGCAUGGCAUCCGGUCCUGCUCGGUCUGCUCGUCAUGUGUGCACGCGCAGCGCAACACACACCGCGCCUCCUUUCUUCUCUCGAGCACAGCAUCAACAACCAUAGCAACCGUGCAAAUAGUACGCCCGCCCGGCCGUGGCAUGGCAACAAAGUGUGCAGGUACACAGAAAACGGCCAGGUCAAACCGCGGCCAACCCUGCGCGUCGGCCUCCUGCCGGCCAUCAGUUGCUUCUUCCAGGAUGACUCGCAUGCGUCGCUUGCACCCUGCCACCUGACAGUCCUGGGCCAAGCAUCCCUGCAUGUCAACAUCAACACGUUGCGGCUUAUUUCCGGCCCUUUUGCGCUUGUGCCGAUCGGCUGCCACGUUGCUACAUAGGGCUUGGCGGAGGUUCUCACGUGCUGCUGAGCCUAGAAUAUCUU